CGUCCGGGUUGGUAGCAUAAGUUCCGGUUCAGUGGUUGUAAAAUAGGAUGGUAUUAGAAGUCACACUGGAGAUACAUGCAUGUCAAUAAUUACCUUAAGUUAUGUCUCGGCAUGCAGUUCUGUCAUCGGGAGUAAAAACGUGGAGAUCUAUAGCCUGUAAAAAGUCAGAGUUGCGUCUAGAUUUAACUCUUGCUUGUGGGCAAUCCUUCCGUUGGAGAGAGACAUCAGAAGACCACUGGACUGGAGUGAUAGGAGGACGAGUGUGGAUUCUAACCCAAACAGAAGAUCAUUUGUGGUACCAUGUUUACCAAAGAAAUGACAGGCACAUGGAUACAGGAGUUGGACCAAAUGAGGAAAACAAGUCACAGAUUAGAUUUAGAGGAGUUGUUAAGAAAGAAGAGGAGGAGUCAGUGGCUGUAACCGUACAGAAUGAUACAGAGGAAGAGGUAAUGCUGAGAGAUUACUUCCAGCUGAAUGUGAAUCUGAACGAUCUGUAUAGGAAAUGGGCAGCAGCAGACCCCCACUUCAAGCAAAUCGCAGACAUCUUCACCGGUGUGCGGAUGCUCCGCCAGGACCCGACUGAAUGCCUAUUUUCCUUCAUUUGCACCUCCAACAACCACAUCUCUCGUAUCCAAGGCAUGGUGGAGAGGCUCUGUCAGGCCAGGGGUAACCUACUCUGUCAACUGGAUCAAACCUCCUACUACAACUUCCCUUCUCUGUCUGCAUUAGCAGAUGGCAGUGUCGAAGCAUGUCUCAGGGAGCUUGGUUUUGGAUACAGAGCUCGGUUCCUGCAACAAAGUGCAAAGCAGAUUUUGGACAACCAUGGUCCCGAAUGGCUUGAAGGUCUACGUAGUGUGCCAUAUGUGGAGGCCCGUGAUUCCUUGCGUACCCUUCCCGGAGUGGGCACUAAGGUGGCAGAUUGUGUAUGUCUGAUGUCCCUUGAUAAGGCUGAUGCAGUGCCAAUUGAUACACAUGUGUGGCAGAUUGCCAAGCGUGAUUACAAAUACAUUGCUGUCAAUGAACCAAAAAGCAUCACAGAAAAACUUCACAAAGACAUAGGGGAUUUCUUCCGGAAGCUGUGGGGUCCUUAUGCUGGUUGGGCACAAUCUGUUUUGUUCUGUGCGGAUCUCAAGAAAUUCCAAAAGCUGAAAGAAAGACCUAAUUUGAAGAGGCCAAAGAAUGAGUCAGACGGUGAAAUCAUGGUAACAUGCAAGAAACCAAAUAAUAAGACUGUAAAAAAUGCAACUGUUGUCAAACAGAAACUAAAUAAGGGACAGUUGAGCAGGUAGUAUAACAUACUUUUCUACAAUGUACAUUUAUGGUAUUAGUUAACCUGUCAUGAUAUUUUGAAAACAAAUUAGUUUCUAUGUAAACCCUUCUGUGUCUAAUUUUCCAUGAAUUUAGAAAUUCCGCACUGCGGUAACUUUUUUUUUUAGAUAUACAUGAAAUAGCUUUUACGCUGCUGUAUCGCCACAUGAUCACACACAGCUACUGAAAUUUCAAAAUCCAAGUGUAAAGCCAGAUAACUCCACUGCAGUCAGCAGUGGCCUCUUGGUGGCAGUAUGCACUUAAAUAUGCUCUACUGUAUUUCUUUGCAUGUUUUUAAUGUCAAAUAUGGGUCAUUGGCUUUGUUCAGUCUAUUGUUAGAGCAAAUUAGGAGCAAGUUGCAGAGUUUACUGGGGGGGAUGUGGUCUGUCAGUAUCUAUGCCAUCUUGGGUUUCAUGUUCUUAUCUAACAUAACGAUGUCACUAAUGCGUACGUCGUGUUUUGUCAGUGUCUUUGUUUCGAUUUAAUUUAGUGGCUGCAAAGUGUCCACUUGUUUAUAGACGGAUUCGGAUUUAGGUAAAGUAACUCACAAUAUCGGUAGGCUUUGUUCACCAAGAGUCAUUGUUUACGAUAGCACUACGCGUGAAAUUUCCGAACUAUUCAGUGGAAAAAAAAAUUGUAUCGGCUUUGAUACGAUGGACAAAUACUGUGAGUCAUUAGGUAAGUCCCUUUUCGUUAUAAGGAGAAAACAGCUGUAAUUGAAUGUGAGGAUCCUUACCCGAUCGACAACUCUGAGUGGAGUAGAGAUCACAACAUCUUCCCCAAUGUUUCAUACCCGCACUUAGUGAACUACUCAGUUUUUCAACCAAGCCCAUUUUAAACCUUGAAGGACUUUGAAAAUUAUAAUAUUUGAGAAAACUAUGACCGUUUUCUGUGUAAAUGGGUUUGUGACAUUUGUGUUUAUCCGUAUAAAAUUGGUAGACAUUGUUUUGUCAAGGCGAGAGUCAUACACUGCAGAAAUGAUCUGACCCAAGUUUGAAAACCUAGAACGAUAAUCACGGAUAACUAAUCUUAGGUCAUGUCAACACACAGUGACUGUAAGGCAGGGUUGGGAGAAUGUUGUUCUCAUGUUGUAUCACUUUAGUUUUAUGUGGAGGCCACAGUCCGGAUACAAUACAACUACAGUACUACCAAAGUUUUUCGACCAAGCACAUCAAGUUAACGCAAAGUGGAGCUAUCCUUUUUUAAAUUUGUUUCUGCUUACAAAAUUGUAGUAAAACACAGCAACUUUUCCUACAUUUGUACUUAAAGAAUCAGUGCCAGUUUAUGAUGAAACUGAAGUCUUGAAUUGUUUUAACCAGCAUUUUGUAUGCUCUGGUUCUCUAUUUGACUCAAAAGGGACAAUUAUGGGGACUCCUUGUACAGAAUCUCCCAUGUUUUCUGGAGAUUCUUUUAAUGUUGCUCCUUUUACUAGUCUUGAAGUGCAUAAAGCCCUAAAAACAUUAGACCACAGAAAGCGUCCUGGACCUGACUUGAUUGAGCCUUAUUUGUUAAAGCAGGCCGCUGAUUUUACAACAGAGACACUUUCAAUUAAAAACAAAGACAGUCCAUCAGUUUGGAAAUCUGCUUUUGUCCUCCCUUUAUUAAAGGGAGGUGAUCCAGCAGUUCUUUCUAAUUAUAGGCCAAUAUCAAAUGUAUGUGUCUUGUCAAAAAUUCUGGAAUCUCUUGUUUUUGAUCAGUUGAAAGAGUUAAUCUAUUCAAAUAAAAUGUAUUUCUAAAUAUCAAUCAAGAUUCAGGAAACAGCACAGCACUGUCACUGCCUAAAUGAAGGUAGUUAAUUACAUCAUUGUAGUGCUUGAUAAAAACAGUACUGUGCCUCACUUUUUAUUAUUAUUAUCUCCAAAGCGUUUGACACAGUAGACGACACUAUUUUAAAAGGCAGACUGUUUCUCAUUGGACUGUCAGAACAUACACUCUUGAAGGGAAUGUCAGAAGUGGUGCAUGAAUAUAAUUACUUUGGUAUUGUAACUGAUGACUCUCUCACUUUUAAACAUUUUAUUGAUAAACUGGUGAAAAAACAAAAACUUAAAUUGUUUUUUUUCUUCAUUAAGAGAUGUUUUUCUUUUGGUGUGAUCUCUGCCACAUUUUUAUCUGUACUAGAUUACUUGUGAUCUUUUUUUAUAUGAAUGCUACUCGUUCCUGUCUUCAGAGGGUCGACUCUGUUUACCAUGUUUCUUUGAGGUUCAUCACAAACUGUAGAGCCAUGACACACCACUGUGACUUGUACUCUCGGGUGGGAUGGCCUUCUCGGUCCACUAGGAGACAGUGUCAUUGAUACACUUUUAUUUACAAGACUCUUCUAGGACUAUUGCCCGAUUACAUUUGUACAUUGAUUACACACAGAUGUACGGACUCUUAUGCUCUGAGAUCCAACGAUCAGCUGUUGCUCUCUGUCCCUUUUGCUCGCACUGAGCUGGGGAAAAAAGUGUUUGUCUAUGCAGCUCCUUGUGCUUGGAACAUGUUACAAAGAGACUGGAAGCUAACUGAAUUUUGGUCCUUAAAUGCUUUUUAAAUCUAAACUGAGAUAAUUAGAAGCAGCCUCAGUUAUCUGUAACUGUUUUACUUGAUGUCUAUCCUGUCAUUUUAAUGUGUAAUGUGAAUGUAAUUGUAAUGUGUAACUUUGCUGCCUCUUGGCCACGACUCCCUUGAAAAAGAGGUUUUUAAUCUCAAUGGGAUUUUUUUCCUUAUUAAAUAAUGGUUAAAUAAAAAAAAUAUUAAUUACCUGAAAUGAAAUAUUCCAAACAAACACAUAGUUGUUCAUUGUAUGUCACAUCUGAUUUGGUUGAUUUGCUAUUCACUCUUCUGUUCAGCUGCUUCCCUCUGUCCAGAAACGAUUUAUCUCUCCCACUUCGAUUGUGGCAGUUGACAAUCACACACAUCGUCGGCAUUAUGAGUAUCACUGGAUGAAUGAUCAGCAACAAUGAGCGUGUUUACAAGCAAAGCCUACCGAUAUGGCCACAGGCAAUGCAUUGUAGGAUAUGUAGAAAACGGUGAAGCCCGCUGUAGGCCAGCUAGUCUCUUUACAGCCUCUUGCCAGUGCUUUGGUGUUUGUCACAAUAACAAUAUACUGUGUGGACAUACAUAAUGUAAAAUGUGGCAUAAUUUUACUGAAUUAUUAUACUACAUGUAAUGUAAAAUUCAGGCUCCAGGGCGUCAGUUGCAUCACAUGCAACUGCGUGUUUCAUCUUUAUGUUGUACAACCAUAGGCGUUGUUUAUUUGUGGAAGAGUGUGCAGCCAUGUGUGUUAAUAAACAUGUGAGUCAGCGUUCAUGCUCACUCCAGUUAAGCUGGAUGCAGGCUGGGGCCCUGCUUUAGGGCAGAGUGAGGCCGAAAAACAACAGCACUGUUAGAAGAGCAUCAAGAGAGCAGCAAAAUUGAAACAAAAAAAGGCGACGGGGGGUUGGUGCAUGUCGGGUGUAGGUGAGCACAUGAAUUUAAGAGGAAAGACCACAAGUCUCGGCCAAACACAUAACACUGUGUUAUGUAAGUGAUGGGUCUCAGCUUGUGUUUUGUCCCAAUCUGAGAGGAUUUCUGCUCAUCUUUUUCUUUGUGGGAUGAUUUACUUUAUAGAGGCACCAGGGGGCGCAACAAUUUGUUGUGUGAGUAGGAAUGCAGUGUUUUGUCUGCCCCAAGAUACAAUUCUCAUUAUUUGUCCAUUUAAGAUUAUUGGUACAUUAGUCCUGAGUUAAAUCCCGGGCUCGGGAUCUUUCUGUGUGGAGUUUGCAUGUUCUCCCCGUGACUGCGUAGGUUCCCUCCGGGUACUCCGGCUUCCUCCCACCUCCAAAGACAUGCACCUGGGGAUAGGUUGAUUGGCAACACUAAAUUGGCCCUAGUGUGUGAAUGUGAGUGUGAAUGUUGUCUGUCUAUCUGGGUUGGCCCUGUGAUGAGGUGGAGACUUGUCCAGGGUGUACCCUGAAUGCAGUUGAGAUAGGCUCCAGCACCCCCCGUGACCCCAAAAGGGACAAACGGUAGAAAAUGGAUGGAUGGUGCAUUGGGUUUAGUCCACUGAAAUCACCAUAAAUGGUUUAAGCAUUCACCAUCCAACUUCUAGAAUGGCUGUUUUUACUGCUGAAGACAGGCUCCUUGUCCCGAAAGGGACAAGCGGUAGAAAAUGGAUGGAUGGAAUAUCACCAGGUGUAUUACAGUGUGGGAUAGGUUGCCUAAGAUGGGGAAACUAUUCAGCUAUAUGUUGAUUCACGUUGAAUGUGGUAUAACUGGUGAAAACCAAUACUUUUGUAGCCGGUCCUCAUGGAAGUCUGUUUUGGGGGGCGGCAGUUGGGAAAAAUUAGUUUUUGGAUGUCUAGACAACCACAGACAUAAAUAGUUGAGUUGAGAAGUUGAUGUUGGCAGAUGAAGUUUUUGGCUGUUCUAGAUAAAAAGCUAAGUUUAUUUCCCGAAGGUGAUUAACACUUUCUUCCA